UGGGCAGAUUUAAAGAUGAGGAAUUUGGUGCCCUCAGCCCAAUCUAGCCAUUUAUUUACUGUGCUAAUUAUUAUAUGUAAGUGUCUGGUAGCCGCACAAAAUUACUUUAAUAUCAAGUCAACAAUUGGCAUCUCGGCCAUAAACGACAUAAACGAUCAGUUGAAAAUGUGAAUCAAAAAGCAAAUUGAUUACAAUGAACAUAUUUGGUUGAUUUUUAUGACACAAAUUUAACCUACAUUCAGAUUUUGAUUUUACUAACCCCCUCUUUGAAGGAUGAGAUUAUUUGUUAGAAAUCAUGGCACAAUCCCUGAUCGCUUGCUCAGUCUUCUCCGCCGGGAGAAAGUCCAAGAGAUCACCUCUUUUGCACAACAUGCGCAGCACGGCGCUGGGUCCUGCGCUAACAAGCAGUACCCUCAAGCUACGUUAAAGACAGUGUUCAGUGGGAACAUCCCCUCCAGUGGUACGAGCAGACAACAGACUGGUUUGUUAGGUUACCCCCUCUUCUCCUCACACCAGGGCUUCUUUCAUUGUUGGUUCCUUUGUGAGGCCCAUUGUAAUGAGUUGGUUAAACAAAUCUUAACAGAGCCCCCAGGAAUCAAAACUCUCAAACUGUUUGACGAUCUUUCUAAUGCAAUCUGUGUUUACGCUGACUGUAUCAAGUUUAUCGCUGAAAAUGCACCUAAUGAUAAAAUUGCACGUGCAGCAAUUGUUUGUAACAGUAACGCGCAUGAGUUUGUUGAGAAAUUAAACACAAAUGUGGAUCUCUACCGGGCAAUAAAAGCAGUUGCAGACAGCUCUGAUACAUUUUCUUCAUUAAACUCUGAAGAUGUCACAGCUCUUAUGUCAUUUCUUCAUGACAUGGACCUCUCAGGAAUCCACCUCCCUGACCAAAUACGGCACAGUUACGUCCAGCAUAUGUCAGAAAUCGCAACAGCGGGAAACAACUUCCUGCAACUAGGUCAGCAGCCUGUGUUGAUUAAAUUUGAUGACGCUCCGAGAGCAUUGCACAACUACAAGUCAAUAAUGAAAGAGAAUCAUAACAAGAAAGUAGAAUUUAUAGAGUUGCAUGGUCCAGGUUCUGACCAUGUUAUGACAGAUGUUAGAGAGUUUGCAUUCAGGAACUACCACGCCUUCGAUCAGGACAAAGAGAAUGAACUAAUGAAUUUAUUGGGAGCACGACACAAGAUGGCACGCAGCGUAGGAUUCAAGAGUUUUAGUGAGCGUGAGUUGAGAAACACAAUGGCAGGUUCUCCUGAAAACGUGUCCAACUUUCUGAACAAUCUUCACAGCGAGCUUAAACCUCUGGUUGACCUUGAGUUUGAGCACAUCAAGUUCGCAAAAGCAGAAGAGAACAGACAUGAUUUCGGUGAGCCUAAGAUAUACCCUGGAGAUGGUCAGUAUUAUUCUCGGGUUCUUAAUGAGCGAUGUUUGGUUGACAACCAUAAGCAAGAUAUGUUCCUAGACAUGCUCGAGUUUGAGAAUGUUAUAGAAGGUUUGAAUGUUUUCUGUGAAGAUGUGCUGAAAAUAUCCCUUGUUACGGAGAUACCAAUGCAAGGAGAGCUAAUAAACACUAACGUUGUAAAAGUUGGUGUAUUUGAUGAUAAGGAAGGACUGAUAGGCUACAUUUACCUAGAUCUGUUUGAAAGAGACAACAAAACACCCCGCACUUGUUUACAUACCAUAACAUGUGGCACUAAGACUCAGCUUCCUGUUGUUGUUCUACAGUGCAGUUUCUUAAUGAAUCCUAGGAAGCAGGAAAUGGGCCAAUACCACUACCAUAGGAUCAAUCUAGACCAGGUGCAGACUCUGUUUCACGAGUUUGGACAUGCUUUGCAUGCCAUUCUUGGGAGGACCACAUACCAAGCUACCAGUGGCACCAGGGGUCCCACUGAUUUCUCUGAAAUUCCUAGCAUGCUUUUCGAAAACUUUAUAUCCCAUCCUGAGAUCUACUACGCAGUGGUCAACCCCUUUGCCAUCUACAGCGACUCAGAUUUUAAGUUAGGCAGGAAGAACCUAUUUAACACUCCUUACAGCGCCCUGAAAACUGAGACCAGUAUACUUUACUCUCUGUUAGACCAGGAGCUACACUCAGAUACCCUCCCCACCUCAACUAACGAGAUAGCAAACAAACUGUUCAGUAAAUACUCGCACUUAUCAACGUUAGAGGGCACUGCGUGGCAUCACCGCUUUGCUCAUCUCUACUUCUACGGGGCUAGAUAUUACAGUUAUCUUUGGUCACAGUCCAUUGCUAAUCUUAUAUUCUACAAUUUGUUCCAUGAUGAUCCGUUCAAUGAGAAAGCUGGGGAAAAGUUGAAGGAGUUUUUGAGGCGUGGGUCUGGUACUGAUUUUAAAUCUUCGUUAGAUGAACUGGUUGGGUAUGAGUUUGGUCAGGAUGAUAUGAUAGCAGCUAUUGUUGAGCCGCUCAAAGUCUUCAAUAAUUCUUAUCUUGAUAAGCAGGAUAUUUCUAAAAAGUGGUGGUAGUUUGUGUUACGGCUUUUUGGAGUAAUUUUAAACUCUCCCAAUUUUCGGAGUUUCGAAAAUGUACUGUAGAAUUUGAAGUGGAAUGUAAAUAUUUGUAAUUUUUUGCUUUUCUUAUGUUCAAUUUUUAAA